GUGAUCUUGAUCUCGUCCGGUGAGGACCCUGUGACCAAGGCCCUGGCUGACAAUCUAUCCCAGAGAACAGGCUGCGAGGUCAGGCAGCUGGGUAAGGACAUCCAGGGUGAGGUCACAGCCAUGAUGGACAACAGGGAUCUGGACUGGAAGGAGGUCGCCUAUAUGGGUAAUGAUGCACCAGAUGUUGACUGUCUGAACCUUGCUGGGCUGAGUGCAGUACCCCGGGACACCCCAGUGGUGGCGAUCAACGCUGCUAAAUACUCCUGCCACAGUGCUGCAGGCCUGGGGGCUGUGAGGGAGUUUUCUGAACACAUCCUGCUGCUCAAGAAGAAGGCCAAGUCUCAGAUGGAACAGGACCGCAUCCACAGAAAUACAUUCUGAACUCUAGAAUGUGUUCUAAAGUCACAGAAAUACAUUCUAAACUCUAGAAUGUGUUCUAAAGUCACAGAAAUACAUUCUAAACUCUAGAAUGUGUUCUAAAGUCACAGAGAUCCAUUCUAAACUCUAGAAUGUAUUCUAAAGUCACAGAGAUCCAUUCUGAACUGUAGAAUGUGUUCUAAAGCAGGCAUGGGCAAACUUUUUUGCUUGAGGGCCAAACAGAUUUUUUGGGGAUCGAUUUGUUUGUCCAAAUCAAUUUCUGGGCCAGAAAAAGUGCAGAUAUUUUAAAAUAUAUAGGUCCAUUAUAAUGUAUAUAAAUAUAUAGGUUCAUUAUAAUGUAUAUAAAUAUAUAGGUCCAUUAUAAUUUCUACAUCCUUUCUAUCUAGUUUUAGACAUUCAUGACCUGGAGUGUUUGACCAAGAAUAAUAAUUUCCCGCCAAAAAACACUCAUUCUAAGCUUCACAUGUAAACUGGAAGAGUUGCAUUCUCAAUUGCAUAGUCCUCGCACCCACUCUCCCGUCUCCUUCUCUUCCCUCUGACCUUCUCCUUCAAUUGUUUUUUGAGAAGGAGACGAGGAGAGAGGACUUGAGGAAUAUGCAAUUGAGAACAUACCCUUGUCAUUCAUUGUCAUGUAAAAAAAGGAGUUGACAAGAAAGCAGUAACAGACUGACACUCAGGAUAUUGUAUUCUAAACUGCAUUCUAUCAAUCAAUCAAACCCUCUGAACUCAUGCCUGGGCCAAACAUUAGGCAAAGUGACAAAGGUUAUUGACAUCUCUCUACUUUAUCUGGAGUUCUAGAAAGAAGUAUAUUUACUCACUUUCAUGUACUUGGCUCAGACUGAAAUGUUUUUUACAGGUUGUCAGGUCAGUGUAGUUUGGAUUUUAUAUCACUACAGGUUGUGUUGACAAAUACAGUCAGUACUUUUUAAUUGUCUUAGUUUUAAUGAAAUGAAGUAUAUACACUGAGUGUACAAAACAUUAUGAACACCUGCUCUCUCUUUGACAUAGACUGACCAGGUGAAAGCUAUGAUCCCUUAUUGAUGUCACUUGUUAAAUCCAUCAGUGUAGAUGAAGGGGAGGAAACAGGUUUAAAAGUUUUUAAGCCUUGAGACAUUGAUUGUGUGUGUGCGCCUUUCAGAGGGUGAAUGGGUAAGACAAAACAUUAAGUGCCCUUGAACUCUGCUAGCUCUGGUAGUAGCUGCCAAGAGGACUGGUUUGUAUUGAGAACUGCAACGCUGCUGGGUUUUUCACACUCAACCAUUUCCUGUGUGUAUCAAGAAUGGUCCAUGAACACAACUGUAGGAAGCAUUCGAGUCAAAAUGGGCCAGCACCCCUGUGGAACGCCUUUGACUCCUUGUAGAGUCCAUGUCCUGACAAAUUGAGGGUAAGGGGUUUUAUACACUCAGUAUAUAUGAGGUCUUUAAUCAGAUUGUUUUUUAAUGUAUGUUCUUUAUCUGUCUUAGAAUGAAGUAGGACAUUGGUUUGAGUUGCUUUGACAUUCUUGUUGGUUUUAUUGUUUACUAUUGUACUGUAUUUUCCUGCAGUUUGUUUGUUAAAUGUUAUAUGAUCUCAAAUUAAAAUAACUAG